AUGGUAAUGAUGCGCUACGUGCUGUGUAUCCUCGCUCUCCUGCUCUCAUGUGCGUGUGUGCACGUCCUCGCUGAAGAAGUGCCUGCCGCCGAUCUUUCCGACCAAGUCCCUGAUACGGAGAGUGAGACAAAGAUUCUUCUUCAAGGUACUCCUGUCGCCCAACAAACUGGUGACGCUGGUUGCUCUAAAGGUACUGCUGAAAAAGGUACUUGUAUUGCUACUGGUGCCGAAACUGUUUCUGGCUGCACUGGUGGUACUACUGGUACUUGUACUCAACAUGGUAGAUCGUCUGUGCAGGAUGGAGGUUAUACUGAGUAUGGUCACGCAGAAUGGGAGGAGUUUCCUGCAAAAGCACAUGUAAACAGUACAUGGAGAGAUUCUCGUUUGAAAGUCGAAGAUGAACCAAAGGUGACCCUUCCCAACCCAGACUCUCAUCGUCCUGAGGUGUCUGGUAUGGGUGUUGGGGACAACCAUUCUCAAGAUCCUGCCGGUGAUUCCCUUGGUCCUGGAGCAGGUGCACUGCAGCCUUCAACAGAUAAACACACUAACAAGCCUCCAUCGAUUGAUUCUGCUCAAGACGCUGCUACACAUAAUGCUUCUCUCAGCACAGAAAAUCAAGUAACAGAAGGGAAUAAAUCGACAAUUGAUAAUGGUACACUUGGUGUCUCAACUGACUCUCCGGACAGCACCAACCAUUCUCAGGCUUCAAAUUCGACUGCACCUAAUUCUACUUCUGGCGCAGACUCACAAGAAACCAACCCCACUACUCCGGCUAGCACCGAUAACACUACCACAGAAGCACCAACCACCACUCCAUCUCCUGUACCCAAUUCAGGGAUCACCUCUAUUGCCUCUGCAGUGCAGAAGAACAAGGGUAAUGUUGACAGCAGUAUCAGUUCUGUGUGGAUGCGCACUACAGCACCGCUGCUGAUAGUGGCUGUGUUGUUCUCCAUUACUGUGUACUGA